AUGAGUAAAGCUGGGGCUGGAUGCUGGAUGUUGGAGGGGAAAACCAUGGAGACUUCAGGAUCCUCAUCUCAGCCUCAAGACCAUAAUCAAGUCCACAGAGAAACAGAAGAUCUAGACAGUGGAGAGAUGGACUUCCAUGAGCAAGACGGAGAGGCUGGACUCUUUUCCCAAGAACAAAAUGAGAGAGACACGGCUUCCUCCUCUUCCUCCUCCUCUUCUUCCUCUUCCUCUUCCUCCUCCUCCUCCUCCUCAGUUGCCGAGCAUGCAGAGCCUGGCUUUUCAAAGGAUGAACUACAACUCUAUGGAGGUGCACCUGGAGAGAUGGUGCCUUCUGGGGAGUCAGGACUCCGGAGGAGAGGCUCUGAUCCAGCAAGUGGAGAAGUGGAGGCUGCUCCAUUAAGAAGACUGAAUAUCAAGAAAGAUGACGAGUUUUUCCACUUCGUCCUCCUCUGCUUUGCCAUUGGGGCUUUGCUAGUGUGUUAUCACUAUUACGCAGACUGGUUCAUGUCCCUCGGGGUGGGUCUGCUCACCUUCGCCUCCCUGGAGACCAUUGGCAUCUACUUUGGGCUGGUGUACCGGAUCCACAGUGUCCUGCAUGGCUUCAUCCCCCUCUUUCAGAAGUUUAGGUUGUUGGAUUGUAUUGAGGUUUCAGACCCUUGCAUUCUAAUAUGCCCAUCUGACAUAAUGGCACAGAUGAGAAGUGGUUCUCAAAAGUAUGGCCCCAGCAUCAUCAUCAUCAUCACCAUCAUCAUCAUCACCAUCUGA